GCAAAAACUGUUGAAGUGUGUGGUGCAAAUCGAGAUUGGCUUUAGUAGAUGAGAUAGGCUUUAGGAAUUGAAUUUCAGUUGUCAGCACCACAACAGACAAAGAACAUGGAAGACGAAGUAGUGAUUUCUGGUAUUGCAGGGCGUUUUCCUGGCUGCGAUAAUGUAGAAAAUUUGAAAGAAAUGCUCUUCAAUAAAAUUAGUGGAGUGACCUCUGACAACCGAAGGUGGGAUAAAGACGAAUUAGGUGUGCCUCAUUAUCUUGGUAAAAUUAAUGAUCCCUAUACCCUGGACUUGACAUUUUUCGGCGUUCAUUCGAAAUUGGGAGAGAGUAUGGAUCCGCAAACCAAAUUGGUAAUGGAAGUUGGAUUUUCUGCGAUUUGUGACGCUGGAGUUAAUCCGUCGGAUUUGGCUGGUUCAAACACAGCAACGCUGAUUGGAUCUUCUCUAGCUGAAACAGAAUACGAAUGUCUAAUCACAAAAAAACGGCUAGACCAGACCAUUUUAUCUCACGCUGUAUCAAUGCAAGCUCAUAGGAUUGCAUAUUAUCUAGAUUUGAGAGGCCCAAGUUAUGUUUGCGAUUCAUCCUGGAACGGAGGAUUGUACGUGCUUCGAUACGCGAAGGACCAGAUUGCACGAGGCCUCGCGAGUGCAGCUUUGGUGACUUGCACCAAUCUUAUUUUCAUGCCACAAGUAUCGUACCACUACCAACGAUUAGGCAGAUUGAAUGAUGAUGGAAAAACUAAAUGUUUUUCGGAUGAUGCCGAUGGUUAUACGAGAUCGGAAGGAUGUGUUGCGUUUUUUUUACAACGAAAAGAACACGCACUCCGCAACUACGGCACAGUCAUUGGUGUGAACUCUACGAUUUACGCAUCAAAAAACAGCCCUCUCUCAGAUUGCUGUGAAAUACCCGUUGCCAAUCAUUUAAGAGACUUGUAUGAGAAAUCCAAUAUCGAUCCUUCAAAAAUAAGUUAUCUGGAAGCUUCUGGAUGCGCCUCCAAGAUAGUCGAUGCGUCAGAACUGAAUGGCGUGUCAGAAAUAUUUUUGGCGGACAGAAAGGAACCUCUGCUUAUAGGGUCAAUAAAAUCCAAUGUAGGCCAUACCGAAGCUGCUUCAGGAUGCUUAGGAGUGCUAAAAACAAUAAUUGCUUCAGAAUGUGGCAUGAUUCCACCAAAUUUAUAUUAUUCUAGUCCUAACAGUUUGGUACCUUCACUAAUAUCAGGAAAAUUAGAGGUAGUGACCGAGCCAACGCCAUUAAAAGGAGAUUAUUUAGCGGUUAACAACAUAUCAGCUGCUGGAGAUUUUGGACAUGUCAUAAUUAAGAAGAACCCCAAAACGAAGGAAAGACUACCAGAAGUUGGAGUUUUGCCUCCUGAUGGAAUACCGCGGCUGGUUCUUUUAUCUGGACGAGUGGAAAAUGGACUUGCUGAGAUUAUGAAAAAGGUGGAAGAGAUGCCCAUCGAUGAGGAAUUUGUUGCACUGACCCAUAAAGUUUUUGGAAAAGGAAUAAAGAAUCAUAUUUUCAGGGGAUUCACUAUUCUGGAUGACGAUUCAUCUAAAAAAUACAAGAUGAUUCAGCCUUACCAUGGAGGCGAAAAGAGACCACUCUGGUUCGUAUUUACUGGAAUGGGAUCGCAAUGGGCUGGUAUGGCAGGCACUUUAAUGAAAUUGCCAAGUUUUGCAAAAUCCGUCCAGUUUUGUCACAACGAGCUCAAGCAUUUGGGAAUCGACGUCAUCGAAAUUGUCACUAGUACUGAUCAAUCAAUGUUCGACAAUGUAUUAAAUGCAUUUGUUGGAAUAACUACGAUGCAAGUUGCAUUGAUUGAUCUAAUUAAAGAGUUAGGACUAGAGCCCGACGGGAUCGUGGGGCAUUCCUUCGGCGAGCUGGCUUGUGCGUACUGCGAUGGCUCGGUGACCGCACAGCAGGCCAUCUUAGCCGCCUACAACCGCGGGAAGAUAUCCAUCGAGGCUAAGGUUGAUCCUGGGCUGAUGGCAGCUGUUGGUUUAGGAUAUGAAAAGUUAAAGAAAUUUGGUUUACCUGAAACCAUUGAUAUAGCAUGCCACAACUCUCAAGACAGUUCUACUAUUUCUGGUCCUCUGGAAGAUGUAAAACAGUUUGUUAAAGAGCUCCAAGACAAAGGGAUAUUUGCGAGAGGUGUAGCAACAGGUGGAAUAGCGUAUCAUAGCAGAUACAUACAAGCACUGGGACAACAGUUUAGAGAUGAGUUGAAAAAGAUAAUCCCAAUUCCUCAACUUCGUUCUUCAAAAUGGGUUUCUAGUUCAGUACCCGAGGAUGAAUGGGAGAGUGAUCUUGGACAGUAUAGUUCAGCUGAAUACCAUACCAAUAAUCUUCUGAACAGUGUACUUUUUGAAGAAGCAUGCGCUCACAUUCCUAAAAAUGCUGUUGUUAUUGAAAUAGCACCCCACGGUUUGUUACAAGCUAUCUUGAAAAGAAUGCUACCGCAAGCAACACAUAUUCCACUUACAAAUAAAGCUGAAUCUGACAGCCUAAAAUUUUUUCUGGCUGCUCUUGGAAAGAUGUUCACUGAAGGAGUGCACGUUGAUAUCCAAAAGCUAUAUCCACCUAUUGAAUUUCCUGUUUCUCGAGGAACACCUCCUUUGGCUAGCCUUCUUAACUGGAAUAAUGCAGGAACCUUUAGGACUUGGACAUUUCUUCAAAGAAGAAAAAACGUUAAAAUUAGUAGGGGAAUCACUUUUUCCAAUAACAACAGUAAGCAUGAAAAAUUCACAAAAUGUAUUCUCAAUGGUACUCCAAUUAUAUUAAGUGCUGCAUAUUUAAGCACUGUUCUAGAGGAAUAUUUAAAAUUUAAAGAUGAAGAACCUACUAAAAUAAUAUUUCAAGGAAUACAUUUUGAGAAUCUUGUCAAAUAUCAAGGUGAUACAGAUGUUUUUAUGACAUUCCAAAGGGGAUCUGGAGAAUGGGAAAUAUGUAAAGAAAAUAAUCUUGUAGCAGCUGGGAAAAUCGAAACUUUUCUUCAAGGAUAUAACACAGAACCACUUUGUACCCUUGAAAAAAAAACACAAUGUAUUCCAGCUCAUCAAAUUUACUCUUAUCUGUCUGCAUUAGGACAUGCAGUUCAUCCCGAACUUCAGUUAAUUAAUAUUGUUUACUUGUCUGGAAAUGAAGUUGAAGCUGAAAUUAAAUGGACUGGUGAUUGGUUAUCUUUCUUUGACGCUAUUUUUAAAAUUGUUGAGUACUUUAAAUCUAUUGAAAAUAAUGAACUAGAAUUAAUAUCACAUAUUGAGAGAAUCGCCAUUGACCUCUCAUCAUUUCCUUCUGAGGAUGAAAAAGUUUUUUCAUUGAUGUACAAUAAGAAAAUGAGUUUGAUUUGGGGUCAAGGCAUAGAGAUUCUUUUGCCAUGUACUCGUCAUCCAAACACGCCACUUCAAAGUCUAUCUACAGUUCAAAAGACAACUGAUUUUUUGUUGCCAAAAUUCAUACCAUAUCUCGAAGUUAAUAACAAAACUGUGGAUGAUUUCUUUGAAACUUGUUUGUUGAUUGUUUUGGAUAAUUUGAUCAGAAAAAAUAAUGAAAUAUAUCCAAAACUUCAUAUAAUAAAAAUUUUGGAAAACAUUUCUACACCAGAUGUUGUAAUUGAUAUUUUAAGGAAGCAGAAUGAUAUAGAGGUAAAGAUGUCAACUGUUGCCAGUGACACUAUGCUGCUGAAUACAGAUUUAAGAGAAAACACAGACAGUUUCAGUUUGAUCAUUAGUGGGAGCAAUGUUGUUGAAAAUACCUUAAAAGUUCUUAACAAUUCUGAAGGCGGUUUCCUGAUCUAUAAAGGGGCUCAACCUCCCAAUAGCUUAGCGAUUAUAAUCAAGCAGAAUAUUAAAAAUGAGAACUAUUUUUUUUGUAAAACGGUAAAGAAACAAGAUGAAGAACCAUUUUUCAUCAUACAUGAUAAUAAUUGGAAAUCAAAAUUAAUCUGUCAUUUAAACCAAGAAAAACAGAGAUUAUAUUACUUUGUUAAUAAAUACACUACCCUGGCAGCUAUUCAUGAUCUAAUAGAGCAAACUACCUCCAUUAAAAACUCUCAUCUCUUAAGGUUUUUUUUUACUGAUUCAGAUAUAUCUUCAUUUAAAUUAGAAAAAUAUAAAGAUUAUUUAGGAAAAGAUUUACGUGUUAACAUAUUUCUCAAAGGAAAAUGGGGAACUUCUGUUCUAACACCAGUUAAAUUGAGAAUGUCUCCAGAAAUUGGAACUAAGAAUGUAUUCCAAUUCCUUCACGUUAAAUGUCCUGAUCUAGAACUGCACUCCUUAGGACUGAAUCCAGUUAAUGCAUAUGGAGAUACACAACAGAGUAUGCUGUUUGAGUACAGUGGUAUUCGUCAAGGCAAUGAAAUAUGUGGGUUGGCAGCAAUGAAUGAUGGAAAUUUCCUUUUACAGCCAGAUCCACAUUUCAUGUGGGUUAAGCCUAAGAAUUGGAGUCAUGAUGAAAUUUCUUCAAUUUUAGCUGUUUAUACAUUGGCAUACUACAUCCUCGAGGAACAGACUGAUCUGAAAGAAACACACAAUAUACUUGUUCAUGAGGGUAUCAUGCCUCUAUCUCAAGCUGUUAUAAAUCUUGCGCUCAGAAGAAAACUUGAGGUUUUCACAACUUAUGAUGGAAAACUGGAACACAAAGAGUAUCUUAAAAAAAAAUAUCCACAGAUACAUGAAGAUAACAUUCUUAACUGGAAUCAAUCCCAGUUUGAAAUACCAUUUCUGCUUAGAACAAUGGGUAAAGGAUUUGAUAUUAUUAUAAAUACACUACCUGACCCUCAAAAACUAAGAAGUACACUAAAAUGUCUUGGGAAAACAUCUCCUAAAUUUUUUCAAGUUUCAAUUCCUUCAAUGGAAUCAACAUUUAGUAUUGGUCUUGGUAUAUUUCUGUUCUCUACAGGGAUGCACUGUAUUUAUCCUGAAUCAUUAAUAUCAUUGCCGAUUCAUACAAAAAUAUUUUUAAGAGAUUUAGUUCACAGUGGUUUGAAAAAUGGAGAAAUACAACCUAUUUCUUACUACCGAAUUUCAUCUUCAGUUCUUAACAUAGAUGUUACCCCUGGGGUCAAGUAUGAGGUCAAAAAGAAAUUGAUUGUAUCGAUGAAAGAUCAAUGUAUAGCUUCUGCUGGGACAAAUGCACAUGUUUUCGAUUCGAGUAAAUCAUAUUUAAUUGUAGGCAAUAAGGCAGAUGGAUGGUUGAAUUUACUGGAAUGGUUAAUAAGACGAGGUGUGAGAAAAAUCAUAUUAUGUAUUUCCAGUCUAUCAGCAAUAGCUGCUCAGAAAAUUAAUACAAUAUUAACGAUAAAUGAUCAUGUCACCAUCACUACUUGCUCCUCAAAAAAAUUAGAUUCUGCUGGAAAUAUAAAAUCGUUUAUAAAUAGAUUUGAAAACGGCACUGCUUUAGAUACUGCUUUUAUUAUAGGAGAGGAAAAUCAGGGUACUAUAAACCAAUUGGCUACAAACCUUCCAAAUACAAGAUUUAUUGUUAUUUGCUAUAAAUCAGGGAUAUUUCAAGAAAACCAAAAUAUAAAUUCAAGAAUACUAGUCAUAAAAACACCAAAAUGUCCUGAUUAUACUGAAUUUUUAAAGGCUAUGGAUUCUCUUAUGGAUCUUUCUGAGCCAGUUAUUUACUUGAAACACAGUGAGAAAAAUGAAUUAGAUACAGAUUCAUCUGCCCUACUACAUUGGCAACAUAUACCUACUUCAUUAAAAGAAAUCGCAAGUCUAGCUAGCUGUUCAAAGAAAGCAUUCUGGAAAGAGUUAAGAUCUAGUUCAUCACCUUACAAACACUACAAAGAAAUUUCACCUGUUUUUAUUCUUCCAUCACUGAAGAAAGGGCAGAUGAAAGAACUAAUUAGUUCUCUUUUCCAUCCCGCUUUUGAAGCUGUUCUUCCUUCAUAUUUUGAAAAUGCAGAUGAUUUAGCUGAGCAAUUAUUUGUAGAAUUGCAAAAGUUUUCAAGUUCAGUAUUUACUAUUAUUUGUUCGGACUGGAUGUGGAUGCUAGGUUUAAAGUUAGGAACACUUUUAGAAAAAUCAGGAAAAACAGUGUCAUUAAUGCUGCUUGGUAUAUCUCCUCAAUGGGCCAAACCUGAAUCAGUGAGAAGAGUUUAUGAUCAAGUCAUUAAUGAUACAUCAAGUACUGACUUGAAGGCUCACAACCAGAUUGAUUUAGAAAAAGGAUUGGAAAUUCUGCAGGAGAGGGUUCGCUUAAUAUCAAGUCCUUCCCUUCUUAAUGAUAUUCAGUUUAAGGGAUUAUGUCAUCUCAUAAACUUUACAAAGAUAACAGAUGCAUAUCUACAGCUGAUUUCAAAGUCAUGCCAAAGGAACAUCAACAUACAAAUAGUUAACGAACCUGAUUACCUCAGCAUGUUAAGGAGCAAUGUAACAACUAAUUUUAUAAAUUCAAAUGUUUUAUUUGAAUGCAAAGACUAUGCCAGAUUUGUGCCAAAAGAUUAUGAAAAUGUUUUAACUUGUAAUUUAUCUUAUUUAGAAGAAUAAAUGCUUUAAAAUAAUAACAUGCUUUAAAUUGAUGUUUUGUUAAAUGUGUAGAUAUGUAACAAACUUUUACAAAUAAAAUAUAUAUGAAAAAAUAUUUUUAUUUGGG